UCCUGCCUCUACUGUGCUGCUGUAGCGGCUCAGGUAUACUUGUCUAACGCAGCAGGUGGGGUCUGUGCAUUUGGACGCCGACAGGCUGCUCUUUGUGUAUGAGGGUGGCCUUUUACGGACAAGUGCUCAUGGAUUAGCUCUUGUGCGCGCAGGCGGAUGCGCCAUAUAAAUACGCCUCCGACCCCACCCUCUGUGACGGCGCCCUGGUCUCUCCCCCUGUUUCCGGUUUACGUUCAACUGCUAUGGCGGCCGCCGCACGGCUUGUUCUGCGCACCGCGUCCGGAGCGAAGGUGCUGCGGGCCGGGUUGGGGUGGCUGGGAGCCCCGAUCCGCGUCCCGCACGCCGCAGCGCACUUCACCUUCCAUCCGGACCCAGUCCCCACACGUCAUGGCCCAACACAGAAGAUGAACCUGUUCCAGUCGAUCACCAGCGCCUUGGACAACACCCUCUCCAGUGAUCCCACAGCAGUUAUCUUUGGGGAGGAUGUGGCGUUUGGUGGGGUGUUUCGCUGCACCGUGGGUCUCCGAGACAAGUACGGUAAAGACCGGGUGUUCAACACCCCCCUAUGUGAGCAAGGCAUUGUGGGAUUUGGGAUCGGUGUGGCUGUGGCUGGUGCCACUGCAAUCGCAGAGAUCCAGUUUGCCGACUACAUCUUCCCGGCGUUUGACCAGAUCGUGAACGAAGCAGCCAAGUACCGCUACCGUUCGGGGAACAUGUUCGACUGCGGGAACCUGACGAUCCGGGCUCCCUGGGGCUGCGUGGGCCACGGCUCGCUCUACCACUCUCAGAGCCCGGAGGCCUUCUUCGCCCAUUGCCCAGGCAUCAAGGUGGUGAUUCCUAGGAGUCCAGUCCAAGCCAAGGGUCUUCUCCUGUCCUGCAUCGCCGACAAGAACCCCUGCAUAUUCUUCGAGCCCAAGAUUCUCUAUCGAGCAGCAGUGGAGCAGGUCCCCACAGAGCCCUACCUAAUCCCGCUGUCCCAGGCCGAGGUCCUCCAGGAAGGAAGUGACGUCACGUUGGUGGCUUGGGGAACGCAGGUUCAUGUGAUGAAGGAGGUGGCGGCCAUGGCUCAGGAGAAACUGGGCGUGUCCUGUGAGGUCAUCGACUUGCAAACGAUCCUGCCUUGGGACACGGAGACGGUGUGCAAGUCAGUGGUGAAAACGGGGCGAUUGCUCAUCAGCCACGAGGCCCCAGUGACCGGAGGCUUUGCAGCGGAAAUCAGCUCCACCGUGCAGGAGGAGUGCUUCCUGAACCUGGAGGCUCCCAUCGCCCGGGUCUGUGGCUACGACACCCCCUUCCCCCACAUCUUCGAGCCCUUCUACAUCCCGGAUAAAUGGAAGUGUUUUGACGCCGUCAAGAGAAUGAUAAACUACUGACGACCAGGUUUUGAAACUGAGAAUAUGUUUCUGUUGCAGCCAUGGCUAAAGGUGGGCAGGGGAGGGGUAGUGCCCCCACCCAAUCUGAUCAGCUGACCACCCACCAGAAAUAGGCACAAUUUAACCAAUCGGUAGUGAUUUAACUGUUCCGGAGCCCCCCCGACUUCUACCCAUCCGGGGACUCCCCAAGGCCUCUGACACAAUAUCCCUAGGAUGGCAUCCUGACAGCGAUGCCUGGCACAGUGGCACUAACGCCAGGGCGAGCCCCGGCAUGCUGUGAUGCCCAGCCGACCUCCACAGGAGGUCUGUCAGAGCAGGCGCCUGACCCAGCAGAAGCGAGUGAGCGACCCCUGAUCGACAUAACAGCCCGCGCUGCUUUCCUUUCAGAACCGCGAAGACUGCAGACAGAGAGCUUCCUCUUCUCACUAAUGGGAACUUGCUGUCCCAAAAAGCAACACUAUCCUUCCACCAGCUGGGACUUUGCAUCCAGGCAGGCGCUCGUGUGACCAUGGAGACAAAGCGUGGACUGUUACACCCCUAAGGGAUUUUUAUUGUAUUUUAUUUUUUUUUUUUGAGUUUCUCCCGCUCCACGGUGGCCUGCUUGGGUGUGGUCGGGUGGAGUCACACCACCUUCCAACACUAAUCGGUACAGAACGGAAUUCAUCUCGGUGUUCAGGAGGCUCUCCCAUUGCAGUUUAUCUUGUGAUGUCUGUAGACUUUGGUGACAGUUCACUGCUGUGCUAGAGUUAUAAUUAUAGUUUAAUGAAUAAAGAUUUGGCCUUGUGUGCUAUUCUGCCGUGUGUCUUCCGCUGUGUCCAACAAUCCCUGCUGCUCUCACCUCUGGUUUCCCUUACUUUGGUUCACUUUGAUUGCUUCUCUGUACGUUAUAUAGUAUAAUAUUAAUUUUAUCGCUCGGCGCAUUGGAUGACCUGCAGUGUGUGGCUCAGCAUGUUACGAUGUCGCGCCUCUGAUCGCAACGUUGCCAGUUCGGAUCUCAAGGUCCGCAGGGUAACUUUGCUGUUGGGCCCCUGAAUAAGGCCUUUGGCCCCCAGUUGCUCCAGAGACUGCGUGACCCUGCUUUCGCAAAAAGAUUUUGGGUAAAACUGUCUGCCAUAUAAUAAAAGUUUUUUUAAUUUUA